AUUUGAUGUCUAACUACUGCCUCUAACUAUCUCACUCAAAAAUACUGUCCAUAAAUUGAGAAAUUAUUCUGUGCAGAGUUCGAAAGGGAAGAACCGUCUGAUUAUAUGAGUGCAUAUAUUGUGUACAAUGUGCAUAAUAUAUAUCAACAUUUGUAUAUAUUAUAUAUACACAAUAUUUACAAUCAUGAUCUGAACCAUUCUUCUCGCCCAGACAGCACAGAGUAAUUUCUCCCAUUAAUUACCACCGUCCAACAAAAAACCACUCCAGCGUUUCAUAUUCUUGGGGUCAUCUCUUGAAUUUAUUUUAAAAAAAGAACUCUUACGUCAACGGAUGAGGAUUAGAAGCUUAAGACACGUAAUUUGGUUGGUUGAAUCGUUUCUCUCUUCUCUUCAAAGAAUCUUAGAAGGAAACCGAGAUCGAUCCGCGAAGCUUUUAAACCGUUGCUGCGCCCGUUACCCGAGUACGCCGAAGGAUCGAUCUUUUUUCAGAAAAAUCAAAACCAGAGGAAGAAGACGACAAAACAGGGGAGGAGAAGACCGCGUCCGCUUGCUUUGGAAUCAAUCCAUAUCGUCAAAAUCCCUUCUUUUCCCCCUUAAUUCCUGCCCGGUUUUAAAUCUGAGUAUGUAGGAUCAACUCGAUCGAUUCGGCAAUGGCGACCGGGAGCGACCGCGUUCGUUUCAACGUCGGCGGCAAGAUCUUCGAAACCACAACUACCACCCUCGCAAACGCUGGUAGAAACUCCAUGCUCGGGGCCCUCCUCGACGACGACUGGAACCUUCGCUCCUCCACCGGCGAAUAUUUCAUCGACCGGAAUCCGGCGUGUUUCGGCGUACUUCUGGACCUCCUCCGCUCCGGCGAACUCCACCUCCCACCCAACAUCUCCGAAAAGCUCCUCUACCGCGAGGCCCUCUUCUACGGCCUCCUCGACCACGUCCGCUCCGCUCGGUGGGGCCCGUUCGACGGAAACCGCCUCCAUCUCGCCGCGUCUGUUGCCGGCGGAGCUCCCGGCGACGGCACUGCGGUCCGCGCUAGCCCCGAUGGAGGCUGUUGCAUCGCCCACGGCAGCGUGGCCCACGUCUAUGAUUGGAUGCUCGACGAACACCAUCCAAUAAACCUCGACUACCAACAAAUCAACGACGUCGGUUACAUCGACUCCGGCAACAUCGUCGUCACCGCUCGAGAACGACCCGGCCGCGCCGACGGCGGCAUGGGUCUCUUCUCCUCCUCCUCCGGCGAACUCCGCCAUCGCUUCCGCGUUUCACACGACAACAAAGUUAAGACCUUUACCGCCGGAGCUCUCAGUUUCAGCAAUUCCACCUUCAAAAUCUUCGCUAGUUGUAAAGGAAGAUGCAACGAAUACGGCAUCGGGGUUUGGGAUCAAAUCACCGGAAAUCAGUCGGAUUUCUUCUACCAACCACCCGGAUACUCCUUCGGCGACGCCGAUAAACUUCAGUGGAUUGAAGGAGACAACUUUUUGAUGGUGGCGACAUUGUUUCCAAGAACUGAUAAUUGUUCCAUCGGAAUAUUGGACUUCAGAGAGAAGAACAUGGUUUGGUCCUGGUCUGAUGAAGGAACAGUGGCGACUGCUUCCCUUGACGAGAAGAGAGUACUCCACGCCAUUGUAAUGGAAGACAACCAUUCGGUCUGUGUGGUGAACCAGUACGAGGAUUUGGGGUUUUUGGAUUUAAGGAGUAAUGGAGGAGGCGUGAGAUGGAGCUCAAGGAGCAAGCUUAUGAAGGGGAAGGUUAGAGGAGAAGAGAGCUGCUAUCCGAAGCUUGUGAUGCACAAUGGCCAGUUGUUCUCUUCAAUGAACGACAGUAUCUCUGUGUUCUGUGGACCAGAAUGGGUGUUAACGACGACAUUGAGAACCAGUUUCGGUGGACCGAUCUGUGAUUUUUCAAUCGGUGGGGAUAGGUUGUUUGCUUUGCAUAGUGAGGAGAAUGUGUUUGAUAUGUGGGAGAGUCCUACUGAGCCAAUACUAUAGAGCAUGAAAGCAUAUGGAUAUUAAUGGAGCCGUUGGAGGGAUAGAGUAGUUACUGAUGUACUAAUGCCUAUUAAGCUGAUCGAUUAAGAAGAAAUUCAUUCAAACUUGUCAUGAAAAUUGUAAUCUUUGUUUCAAUUGAUUGUUUGUAGUUUGAUUUUGUAGCGAGGUCUGGCUAAUCAAGAAAUAAGUUUUCUAAAUCAUAGCUGUU